UUAGAAGAGGAAAGGAAAUUUUUUCAUACUGAUCCCGUUCUUUUAUUACUGGGAUUUCUAAAGGGAGACAAAGUUUUUUAAAAGAAAAUCCAGGAGAAAGAAAAACAGGAAGAUCUCUUUUUCAUCGGUAUUCUUUCAGAAACACAAACAGCAAUUAUGAGAGACACGGUAUCGUCCGAUUCGCGUGAGAAGCCACGACACGAGCUUAGGUUCGUCACUGCCAUGUCGCUGCCGAUGGAUUCUUCUUACAGCGCAGUCUCCUCUAAUCGAGCUUCGAGAUACGAUAAUUCGAUUAUUGUAAGUUAAAGCGGGAAAAUCAGAAUUUCCAGAAUAAGCAUCAAUGAUAAAUAAAGGAUAGAAAUAAUUGUGUAAUUACUAAAUAAGUAAAAAAAGAUAGAAAAAAAAUAUUAUACUUGAUUAAUACGAUCAAAACAUUUAUUUUAUUUGUUUAGUUUAAUCAAUAAAGUUCGAAUAAACCGAAUCGAAGCUUGGAAUAUUAUUUUUGAAUGAAAUAUAAAAUACGUAUGAUACACGUGUAUGAGCUAUUUAAUUCAUUCAUAAUUCGAAUAGCAUACGCACGCUUUUAGUAUCAACAAUAGCCGCUAGAGUGCACACAUAUAGUAGCGGCACUAGCGUCACCUGAUACAACAUGGCGUCAGAAUGAAGAUACUACCGCGAAAUACUUCAUUCAUUGUUUGAGUGUAAUAUUAAUACGCGUACAGUGUAAAUAUAUUAAUACGUUUCGAUCAACAAACUAACCUUUUAAAUUAGUGUACAUAUCUAAAUCGAAGGAUGAAUACAUCAACAAAUUGGGACGUAGAACAAUAUAAAGCGGAGCAUGAGUCCGAUGAACAUUGGGAAUUAAGACGUAAAUUUCUUUUAGCACAUAAAGAUAAGUUUCCAGAGGAUGAGUUACUUUGUUUAGCUCAAGUGUUCACCAAUGUAGAAAUUUUAGGCUGCAGAUAUCCAAAAGAAACUAUGCAUUUGAUAUCAGAAUUAGCUCAAGAUGUUGUCUGCGAAUAUAGAGAAAGAAAGAAGAACAAAUUACAAAGAACAUUUGUAAAAGCAUCAGAUGCUGCUCGUACAAAGGCACAAGGAUUUAAUAAUCCAUUACCAGGUAGCACAGGGAAGACAGACACAUGUACAAACGAUCCGAGUUCAAUUAAAAGUGAAAACAAGAUAGAAAACGUACCUGCUAAAAAAAUUAAAUUAGAUGAAUCUCCAUUUGGAGAUAUAGUAUUAGUAGAAAGACCGGGAGAUUUACCACAAACGAUACUUGCUUGCGCAGUUAAUGUUUCUGGUGGCAAUAUAGAGUGGAAAAUUAAUAAAACUAACAUGAACAAGUGGCAAUGUAUUAUUUUAAUUAAUGCAAAACAACUUGCGGAAUCUUAUGGCACAAAUCAGAAACUAGCCAAGAAAGAAGCAUCGGUCAUAGGCUUGCGUGAAUUACAAAAAUAUUAUUAUACUAUCAAAAUUAAACAUAAUUUUAUUGAAGAAGCAAAUGUAACAACAACAUCGAUGCUGCAAAAUACAUCAUCUCAUGAUUCUAUUUCUGAUGAUAAUAUUGGAAAAAGAUUAAUGAAACUUAUGGGUUGGACAGGUGGAGGACUUGGAAAAUCUCAGCAAGGAAUUGUUGAGCCAGUUAUUGUUAAACAACAAGUUAGUCGAGAGGGUUUAGGAUUAAAAGUAAAAGCUUCGAAUCUACGCGAAUUAGAAUUAAAAUGUAGAGAUAUACUGAAAAAAUACCUAAUGGGUGAUAUGAAAACUGAUUUAGUAUUCUCCCCAGAAUUCUCAAACGAAGAAAGAACAGUAAUACAUAAACUUGCACGACAAAUGGGCCUAAAAUCACAUAGUUAUGGUCCAAAAGAUCAAAGAAAAUUAGUCAUAUCUCGUAAAGUUGAUAUAAGGGAUUUAGUAAUUGAAUUAAAAACUCUCGGUGGAAGUACUGAUAAAUAUGAGCUUAUAAAACCAAGCUCUGUUUAGGACCAAUUGCAAAUAUAUUUAAAAGAGAUUUUCCAGUCUUAUAGAGCAAUAUUAAAUGACAUUGAUAUACUUAUAGGUAUCUAAUAAGUAAGUGUAAAGACAAAAUAGUCUCCUCUAUAUGUCCUUGAGUUAGGUUAUUCAUCAUAUUGCAUUUUCAGGGGCAGUACCUAUUAAUAUUUUUAUAAAGACAAUUGUACAAAAGAUAACAUAUUUAUAUAUAUGCAUUAAUUGCAUAUUUCUUGGUAAUACGACCAUUAUUUUUAAUAUAUCAUUAAAAUUAUAUGAAAUUAAUUUAGAAAUCAAAUAAUAUGUAAAUAAGUCGUGUGUGUGUGU